GAGGAAAUAAGAGCUAUGGCAAGAUUUGCUCAUUAUGAGCAGGGAGAACCUUCUAAGGUGCUCUACAUCAAAAAUUUAAGUGAUAAAGUCAAUGAGAAAGAUUUAGUCAUGACCUUUAUAGGAUUUCAAGAAGACAGUAAAGAUAAUAUCCGAUUUCGGUUAAUGAAAGGCAAAAUGAAAGGUCAAGCGUUCGUAACAUUUUCAGAUGUAGCUACUGCGGGGAAAGCACUAGAUGUAGUAAAUGGAUAUAAGCUGAAAGGGAAGCCCAUGGUUAUACAAUACGGGAAG